AUGACGGAGGUUGGUAUUGGUGACAGCACGCUUGAAGUAGUGACAGACUUUCGCUACCUGGGCGACAUGCUGUCAUCAGGUGGAGGCUGUGAACUCGCAGCAGCUACACAUUGCAAGGCUGCCUGGAAACAGUUUAGAGAGCUGCUACCAAUCCUAACCAACAAGCACCUACCAACAGCUACUAGAGGGCAUGUCUACUCCUCAUGUGUCAGAAGUGUGCUUAUGUAUGGCUCCGAAACUUGGGCUGUUUCUGCUAACACUAAAAAGAAAUUGCAGCGUAACGACAAAGCAAUGAUAAGAUGGAUCUGUUUGGUGAAGCCUGAGCAGACCAUUCCGUUUGAAUCCCUCCUCGCUCAAAUCAACUUAAAAAGCCACGCAGACAUCAUGCAGAAGAGCAGACUGCGUUGGCUGGGGCAUGUUGAGCGCAGCACUGGCUGGAUUGCUCAAGUCCGACAACUGAAUGUACCAGUGGAGAGGACCACUGGCAGACCCAAACUGUCUUGGGAGGAUGUCGUGAAGCGGGAUAGGAAAACCUUGGGUAUGGAUUCCGUCAACCCUCAUCACAGACAGGAAUGGAGAGGAAGACUUAGAUUGAGACUGGACAGUCAGGCCCCACCCUCAACAGAGGAUUAA